CGGCGCGAAGGUGGAUGCUUUCGCGGUCGGUCUUUCGCUUCGCCUUCGAUGCCGUGUUCGUACUCGCAGUCACGGAUGAUAUUCCAACGAAUUCUACAUGAAUAGCGAUUAUUUAUAAAUUUCAAGUCAUAAGUGUUAUGUUAUCUAUUCUGCAAGUAGAUUUGAAGACUGAUUUUAAAGUGUUUGUGCUGUGGAUUUGAAUUGGGUACGAUUGGCUACGGUCCCGCAUCCAAAGUGAAAUAUUUUGUGUGUGCCGACGAUUUAUGUGUAUAACCCGGCUAAAAAAGCAUUUCUGGACCUAUAAAAGAAGAUAGUUGAGCGUGGCGGCGAGGUAGAGGUUGGUCGCGAUGACGACCGACAUAUCGGUGUCCCGCUGGGACCCGUCCAUCGGCCAUGGUCAGGAGAUCAUCGACGAGUUCGAGUACGAUGGCGGCAAUUCGUCGUCGAGGCUAUUCGAACGAUCGCGCAUUAAGGCGUUAGCAGACGAACGAGAAAGCGUGCAGAAGAAAACUUUUCAAAAAUGGGUGAACUCUCAUUUGGUGCGCGUCGGGUGCCGUAUCAGCGACCUGUAUGUCGACAUGAGGGAUGGCAAGCAACUCAUCAAAUUGCUCGAAGUGCUCUCCGGAGAAAGAUUGCCACGCCCAACAAAAGGAAAGAUGCGUAUCCAUUGCUUGGAGAAUGUGGAUAAGGCGUUGCAGUUCUUGCGCGAACAACGAGUGCAUUUGGAGAACAUGGGAUCCCACGACAUCGUCGACGGAAACCCGAGACUCAGUCUCGGUCUUAUUUGGACCAUCAUUUUGCGCUUCCAGAUCCAAGACAUCACAAUCGAGGAAACAGACAACAAGGAGACAAAGUCAGCCAAGGACGCUUUACUCCUCUGGUGUCAAAUGAAGACAGCUGGUUACAACAAUGUCAACGUCCGAAACUUUACGACCUCAUGGCGUGACGGGCUCGCGUUCAACGCGAUUAUACACAAGCACAGACCCGACCUUAUUCAGUUCGACAAACUGCACAGAAGCAAUCCCAUGCACAACUUAAACAAUGCUUUCAAUGUCGCCGAAGAGAAACUUGGACUCACCAAGCUGUUGGAUGCUGAAGAUAUCGCCGUCGACCACCCCGACGAGAAGUCAAUCAUCACAUACGUGGUGACGUACUACCACUACUUCAGUAAGAUGAAGCAGGAGACGGUGCAGGGCAAGAGGAUCGGCAAGGUUGUCGGCAUCGCCAUGGAGAACGACAAGAUGAUGCAGGAGUACGAGUCGCUUACCAGCGAUCUCCUGCAAUGGAUCGAGCGUACUAUCGAAGCGCUCGGCGACCGAACAUUCGCGAACUCACUGGAGGGCGUCCGCCAGCAACUCAUACAGUUCGCCAACUACCGCACUGUGGAGAAACCACCCAAGUUUGUGGAGAAGGGUAACCUGGAAGUCCUUCUAUUCACUCUCCAGUCCCGCAUGCGCGCCGCCAACCAGAAGCCGUACACUCCUCGCGAGGGCAAGAUGAUCCACGACAUCAACCGCGCCUGGGAGAGGCUCGAGAAGUCAGAACACGAGAGGGAACUCGCACUCCGAGAGGAACUCAUCAGGCAGGAGAAACUUGAACAACUUGCUGCCAGAUUCAACCGCAAGGCUCAGAUGCGUGAGACGUGGUUGUCUGAGAACCAGCGUCUGGUCAGUCAGGACAACUUCGGCUUCGACCUGGCGGCAGUAGAGGCGGCCGCUAAGAAACAUGAGGCUAUCGAAACUGAUAUCUUCGCGUAUGAAGAACGUGUACAAGCUGUCGUUGCUGUAUGCUCUGAGUUGCAGGCUGAGAGAUACCACGACAUGGAGCGUGUAUGCGCGCGGCGCGACAACGUCCUCCGUCUGUGGGCGUACCUGCUGGAACUACUGCGCGCCAGACGGGCGCGGCUCGAGCUCAGUCUACAGCUGCAACAGAACUUCCAGGAGAUGCUAUACAUCCUGGACUCCAUGGAGGAGAUCAAGAUGCGUCUGCUGACGGACGACUACGGCAAGCAUCUCAUGGGCGUCGAGGAUCUACUCCAGAAACACGCGCUUGUAGAGGCUGACAUCAAUGUACUGGGAGAGAGGGUCAAGGUGGUAGUAGGCCAAUCCCAGCGCUUCCUGGAGCAGGAGGAAGGUGGUUACAGGCCGUGUGACCCCGCCAUCACAGUGGAACGUAUACAGCAACUCGAGAACGCCUACGCUGAACUCGUACACCUCGCCGUCGAACGCAGAAAGCGCCUGGAAGACAGCCGCAAGUUGUGGCAGUUCUACUGGGACAUGGCCGACGAAGAGAACUGGAUCAAGGAGAAGGAACAGAUCGUCUCCGUUGAUGACAUCGGACAUGAUCUUACUACCGUGUAUCUCCUGAUCUCCAAACACAAGGCCCUGGAGGCGGACGUACAAGCUCACGAGCCACAACUCAUGAGUGUCGCUGCGGUCGGAGACGAACUCAUCUCACAAGGACACUUUGGAGCUGAUAGAAUACAGGACCGUCUCCGCGACAUCCUGUCCCAAUGGAACCACCUAUUGGACCUGGUCUCCCUGCGCAAGAACCGCCUCGACGCGGCCGUGCGCUACCAUCAACUCUUCGCUGAUGCUGAUGAUAUUGACAACUGGAUGCUGGAUACACUCAGGUUGGUGUCAUCUGAGGAUACCGGUGUUGACGAGGCUCAAGUACAGAGCUUGCUGAAGAAACACAAGGACGUUACUGACGAACUCAAGAACUACGCUAAUGUUAUUCAGCAACUUAAACAACAGGCGGGCGCGCUGUCCCCGGUGGACGCGACGAGCGCGGAGGUGGUGUCCCGGCUGGGCGCGGUGGACGCGCGCCACGGCGAGCUGGCGGAGCUGGCGCGCCUGCGCAAGCAGCGCCUGCUGGACGCGCUCAGUCUCUUCAAGCUGCUGGCCGAGGCCGACGCCGCCGACCAAUGGAUCGCCGAGAAGGACCGCAUGCUCGACACCAUGCUGCCGCCCAAGGAUAUCGACGAUGUCGAGAUCAUGAAGCACAGAUACGACGGUUUCGACAAAGAGAUGAACGCCAACGCGUCUCGAGUGGCCGUAGUGAACCAACUGGCGCGCCAACUCAUCCACGUCGAGCACCCGCAGGCCGCGCGCAUACAGGACAGGCAGGCUGCACUCAACUCCGCCUGGAGCGCGCUCAGGGAGAAGGCGGAGGGCAAGAAGGACGAGCUGAAGUCCGCCCAGGGCGUGCAGACGUUCCACAUCGAGUGUCGCGAGACUGUCUCCUGGAUCGAGGACAAGAAGAGGAUUCUGCAACAGACCGACAACUUGGAGAUGGAUCUCAACGGUGUGAUGACCCUCCAGCGUCGCCUAUCAGGCAUGGAGCGCGACCUAGCCGCGAUCCAGGCGCGCAUCUCGUCCCUGGAGAGCGAGGCCAACGCCAUCGAGGGAGACCACCCAGAGGAGGCACAACUCAUACGCGACCGUGUCACCAUGAUCACGGAGAACUGGGAACAACUUACGCAGAUGCUCAAAGAGCGCGAUGCGAAGUUGGAGGAGGCUGGCGACUUGCACCGCUUCCUUCGCUCCGUGGACCAUUUCCAGGCCUGGCUCACCAAGACACAGACCGACGUCGCUUCCGAGGAUACGCCAUCAAACCUGGCGGAGGCAGAGAAGCUGCUGUCUCAGCACCAGACCAUCAAGGAGGAGAUCGACAACUACAAGGACGAGUACGCCAAGAUGAUGGAGUACGGAGAGAAGAUUACUGCCGAGCCGUCCACCCAAGACGACCCGCAGUACAUGUUCCUGCGCGAGCGCCUGAAGGCGCUGCGCGAGGGCUGGGCCGAGCUACAACAGAUGUGGGAGAACAGGCAACAACUGCUGGCACAGAGCCUCGAGCUGCAGCUGCUGCAGCGGGACGCCCGCCAGGCAGAGGUCCUACUGGCGCACCAGGAACACAGGUUAGGCAAGACCGAGCCACCAACCAACUUGGAGCAGGCCGAGAAUAUGAUCAAGGAACACGAGGCUUUCCUCACCACCAUGGAGGCCAACGACGACAAGAUCAACUCCGUCGUACAGUUCGCCAACCGACUCGUCGAGGAGAGACACUUCGACGCCGACAAGAUCCAGCGCAAGGCUGAGAACAUCGACGCCAGGCGGAAUGCCAACCGGGAGAAGGCACUUCAGCAGAUGGAGAAACUCCAGGACCAACUACAGCUGCACCAAUUCCUGCAGGACUGCGACGAACUCGGAGAGUGGGUGCAGGAGAAGAAUGUCACUGCACAGGACGACACAUACCGCUCUGCCAAGACCAUCCACUCCAAGUGGACCCGUCAUCAAGCUUUCGAAGCAGAAAUCGCGGCUAACAAGGAACGCCUGUUUGCCGUACAGAAUGCUGCUGAAGAGCUCAUGAAGCAGAAACCCGAAUUUGUCGAAAUCAUCUCCCCGAAAAUGUCCGAACUACAAGAUCAGUUUGAGAACCUGCAGACUACAACUAAGGAGAAGGGAGAACGCCUAUUUGACGCUAACCGCGAAGUUCUGCUGCACCAGACUUGCGACGACAUCGACUCAUGGAUGAACGAACUCGAGAAACAAAUCGAGAACACCGACACCGGCACUGAUCUGGCAUCUGUGAACAUUCUCAUGCAGAAGCAACAGAUGAUCGAGACACAGAUGGCCGUUAAAGCCAAACAAGUCACCGAACUGGAGACUCAGGCUGAAUACUUGCAGAAGACCGUCCCGGACAAGAUGGACGAGAUCAAGGAGAAGAAGAAGUCGGUGGAGCAGCGGUUCGAGCAGUUGAAGGCGCCAUUGUUGGAUCGCCAACGUCAACUGGCCAAGAAGAAGGAAGCCUUCCAGUUCCGCCGCGAUGUCGAGGAUGAGAAGCUCUGGGUGCACGAGAAGAUGCCACAGGCUACCACCACGGACUAUGGCAACUCCCUGUUCAUCGUGCAGAUGUUGCAGAAGAAGAACCAGUCGCUCAAGACUGAGACUGACAACCACGAGCCGAGGAUCCUGACUGUAAUCUCUAACGGACAGAAGCUGAUUGAUGAGGGACAUGAGGAUACGCCCGAGUUCAAGCAGCUUAUUGAAGAACUUACCGCGAGGUGGCGAGAACUGAAGGAUGCCAUCGAAGAACGCAAGAACAAACUGUCCCAAUGGGAGAAAGCGCAGCAAUAUCUAUUCGACGCGAAUGAGGCGGAGGCGUGGAUGAGUGAACAAGAGCUGUACAUGAUGGUGGAGGACCGCGGCAAGGACGAGAUCUCCGCACAGAACUUGAUGAAGAAGCACGAGAUACUGGAGCAGGCCGUCGAUGACUACGCGCAUACUAUCAGGCAGCUCGGGGAGACUGUACGACACCUCACUGCUGAUGAACAUCCGCUCAGCGAGCAGAUCUCAGUGAAGCAGUCGCAGGUGGACAAGCUAUACGCUGGUCUAAAAGAUCUGGCAGGCGAGAGACGCGCCAAGUUGGAUGAAGCACUCCGCCUAUUCCAACUGUCCAGGGAGGUUGAUGACCUUGAGCAAUGGAUCACCGAGAGAGAACUUGUGGCUAGCUCACAAGAACUCGGACAGGAUUACGACCAUGUCACCUUAUUAUGGGAGCGUUUCAAGGAAUUCGCCCGCGAAACUCAAGCAGUUGGAUCCGAGCGCGUGGCCACCGCGGAACGUAUCGCCGACCAGAUGAUCGCCAUGGGACACUCCGACAACGCUACCAUCGCGCAGUGGAAGGAGGGACUCAAGGAGACCUGGCAAGAUCUGCUCGAGCUUAUUGAGACUAGGACCCAGAUGUUGGCAGCUUCCCGUGAGCUUCACAAAUACUUCCACGACUGCAAGGACACGCUCCAACGUGUCAAUGAGAAGGCGCGCGGAGUCAGUGACGAACUGGGCAGGGAUGCCAUCAGUGUCGGAGCUCUGCAGAGGAAACACCAUAACUUCAUGCAGGACCUUAGUACUCUGCACCAACAGGUGGAGGCCAUCCGCGCCGAGUGCGCGCGGCUGGGCGCGAUGUACGCGGGCGAGAAGGCGGCGGAGAUCACGCGGCGCGAGGCGGAGGUGCGCGAGGCGUGGGCCGCGCUGUCGGCGGCGUGCGGCGCGCGGGCCGCCAAGCUGGAGGACGCCGACCACCUGUACAGGUUCCUCAACCAGGUGCGCACGCUCACGCUCUGGAUGGACGACGUCGUGCGCCAGAUGAACACCGGAGAGAAACCACGUGACGUCAGCGGCGUAGAACUCCUAAUGAACAACCACCAAUCUCUGAAGGCAGAGAUUGACACCCGCGAGGACAAUUUCUCAGCUUGCAUAUCAUUGGGUCGCGAGCUAUUGGCACGACAACACUAUGCGUCCGCCGACAUUAAGGAGAAACUGCUGCAACUGACCAACCAACGCAACGCCUUGUUACGCCGCUGGGAAGAACGCUGGGAGAACCUUCAACUCAUCCUGGAGGUAUACCAGUUCGCCCGCGACGCCGCAGUGGCGGAGGCCUGGCUAAUAGCACAGGAGCCCUACCUAAUGUCACAAGAACUAGGUCAUACUAUCGACGAAGUAGAGUCUCUCAUCAAGAAACACGAGGCCUUCGAGAAGUCCGCCGCAGCACAAGAAGACCGCUUCUCAGCUCUACAGAGGCUCACAACCCUUGAACAGCGUGAGUCUGCAAUGUGGCCUAGUGCACAACCUUGGGAUAAAUGUGAUGAAUCAGACUUUACCUACCAACCUCCACCUACCACCCGAUCUCAUCCACCUCUAACUAUAACCAUCGACAAAAGCGAAAGACCCGUCAGCCAAGUAGUCGAAGAAAUUAUAACAGAUAGUAAUAAAUUUAAUAUACCAGAGAAAAUUAAGGCUAGAACACUUAAUAUUAACUACGCAAAUAAUCAAAAGAAGAACGAUUCCUACCUAUGGUCCCCGAAUAAUAAAAACAAUAGUUUAUCAACAAUAUCGGAGACUAGCUCCGCGCCAAACUCGCCCUUAAUGUCCCCAAUGUCACCAGAGAUAUACAGUUCAGUUUUCUUUGAAUUCCCCGAUCAGACUGAGAAAGCGAACGAGUACCUAGCCUGCAUAGACUUAAUACUAUGGGAGCGGUUGUCAUAUCUAAACGUGUAUCCAAACGUGUCGCUACUAAGGCAUAAAAGCAAUAGUUCAUCAAAAUCUAGUUUGAAGCGGUUCAUUAGGAAAUGGUCUAAAAAAGUGAAACCAGAGAAUGAUGUUAAGGGUGAAGUUGCAGUGCUUUCGCUUCCUGGUCUGACGAGUAGUUCGAAAGCUAUUAAUGAUCUUGGGAAAGAUGUCAAGAGUAUACCUUUAAGUUCCUCCCUCCUCCUACUGGCACAAACCCGUAACCUCUUGUUUCCCGACGGUGCAUGGUACUAUAACUACUUGGAUAGUUUCGAAGUGAAAGAGAAGAAGCGAAGACAGGAGGCUGCCGAGGCUGCCGAGAGGGAGAAGAGAGAGCGCGAGGCUGCGGAGGCCGCGGCCGCCGCCGCCGCCGCGCAGGACGCCGUGGACCGCGCGCAGACUCCCGAGCAACUACCACAAGUCGUAAGGAGAACAUCCACUAAAGCGGCUGAGAAGGCCCAAGAGCGACCACAUUCCCAGCCAGCUCCCGGGACGAGUUCGACGCCAGCCACGCCGUCUAGUUCCGGUAAGGUGAAGUCGCGGUCGCGAAGCAAGUCGCCGUUCAGGAGUUUCCGAUGGCGUACGGCGAAGAAACUGCUCGCCGGAUCUCAUCAUAGCGACGAUGAAGAGGGCGCUAGUCCCGCGAGUGAGGACGAGGGCGUAGAGGGAACAUUGGUGCGCAAACACGAGUGGGAGUCCGCCGCCAAACGGGCUUCCAACAGAUCAUGGGACAAAGUGUACGUGGUGGCGAAGGACGGCCGCAUGGCGUUCUACAAGGACCAGAAGGCGUACAAGGCGGCACCUGAAGCGCACUGGCGCGGCGAGGCACCGCUCGACCUCAACGGCGCCGUCGUAGAGGUCGCCGCCAACUACACUAAGAAGAAGCAUGUGUUCCGUCUUAGACUGGGCAGCGGCGCGGAGUUCCUGCUGCAGGCGCACGACGAGGCGGAGAUGUCGUGGUGGCUGGAGGCGCUGCGCGCGCGCACGGCCGCGCCCGCGCCGCGCUCGCACACGCUGCCCGCGCCGCACAACGCCGAGCCCAAGCGACGCUCCUUCUUCACGCUCAAGAAAAAGUCAGUCACUCUCCUCUCCCAACUAUACGCACCCUAACGGCACACCUAACCAGUUGAGGAGCGUGGCGAGGCGGCGCAAGUUUCCUCAGUACGCGGCGGCGCCCGGUGUCUGGGCGCCGCGCAUUUCUCACGACGCUUGCAGCUGUAAGCUUUGCUAAUGACGAAAUAUGUCGACUCGCGGCACUAUCCACCGUCGACCGUUCAAUGUUAUUAUUAUUAAUAUUAUUUUUUGUUGCGUACGAAACGUUAUUUGAGACUGUUCGGUAUCUGAGUGUUCGAUCGUUCGCCCUCGUAAACCGUAUUUAUUGUUCGAUAUUCGUAUCGAAGAUUGAAGAUAUUAUAGUAGAUUUUAUCCAGGUAUGUACGAUCCCACCCCUCGAAAGUGUAAUUGUUAUGAUAUGAAACGAUUAUGAUUAAAUGAAAUAAAUACAUAUUAUUAUUAUAAAAUUCUAAAUGCGUCGCUAUUUAUACAUAGAUGAUUUUAGUGUUUAAAUUCAGAUUGAGAAUAUAUAUAUUUUAAUUAUUUAUAUUUAAAAGAUAUGAAGCUAGUGUAAUGUAAAUUCAGUUGAACUAGAAAUGUAUGUCGUGCGAUUUAUUAAAGAUUCAAUUAAAAUGAUUAAAAAAGUUUUAAACUAUUAUUGACCAAUGUAAAACCAAUUGACGGAAUUUGACUAUCGCAUUUGAUAAUGUUUAACUUAGCUAAGACGGAUGAUUGUAACCGCAUUUACAUUCAAUAGACGAUUUCCCAGUGGAUUGACGUUAUUAUACUAAUAAAUUACAUCGUGAGCUUUGCUUCGUCGGAGCAUCGCGCGAUAACAUAACGUAAGCUACGUACAUAAAUUGUAUUAGAUGUAAUUUGAUUAUAAAGUGUCUUCUCCCGGCGCGGGGUCGCCGCGGUCCGCCAGCUGAAGCCGCAUUUAAUAAUAAUUAUCAGAUUUCUUGUUAGUCGGCCGUUGCUAGAGGCGGCCGAGUAGACGAUAGUAUAGUACAGCGUAGCGCGGCGGGCGGCGGCGGCGCGCGCCACUAGUAUCCAACUUGUAAGUAUGCUUGAUCGCCUCAUAAGUGCUUCUAUAAAAUGACGUAUUUCUAUUAAACAUUCAUUUUGUAAUAAUUAUUUUUACUGCCAAUUUUCACAAAUUGUUAAUUUUUAUAAGUAAUAUAACAAAAUUUCACAUUUCAUAAUAUUACGUACACACAUUUUUAGUUCUAAUCGUGUUAUGGUUAUUGUAUAUUUGGCGAGUGUGGCGGUGGCGAUGCUGUGUGUCGCCCUCUACUGCCACACUGAUCACUGCAUGUUUCGUAAACCUAUGUUUAUACUUAUUUUAUUUUAAAGAACUUCUUUAUUGAUGAGAAUAUAAAAUAAAUGAUGUUUUCAAAUA